ACGCGGUGUGACUUCACACGGAGGCUGGAGGAGGACGCCGCCGCUCCGCGCAGCUCUGACCGUCUCCUCUCGUUCUCUCAGCGGGCGUCAGGCUGCACAAAGCCGGAGGGAUGGAUCCAGCGCGCCCGUACGGCGCCGGGAAGGCCGGGAACGUCGCUUUCGAUCCGGUCGCCUUCUUCACGCAUCCCCGAACCAUCCUCAGACUGAUGUCGUGGGUUUUCUCCAUGGUGGUGUUCAGCUGCAUCGUGAACGAGGGCUACAUCAACAUCGGCAGCGAGCGUUUGCUCUGCGUCUUCAACAACAACGCUGAUGCCUGUAACUACGGUGUUACCGUGGGCGUGGCCUGUUUCCUUGGCAGCAUCUUUUUCCUAAUUCUGGACAUUUACUUCCCCUCCAUCAGCAGCGUCAAGGACAGAAGACGGGCUGUCCUGCUGGACCUCGUUUUCUCUGGUCUUGCUAGCUUUCUGUGGUUCGUUGGCUUCUGUUUUCUGGCCAAUCAGUGGCAGGAUACCUCUCCAGACGAGCUGCCAUUGGCCCAGGGCUCCGACGCUGCUAGAGCCACCAUCGCUUUCUGCUUCUUCUCCAUCCUGACCUGGACUGUACUGACGCUGAGCGCACUGCGGCGCUUCUUAACCGGCAGCAACACAAACUUGUUCACAUGGCAACACCUGGAUCCUCCCCAAGGCAAUGCUCGAGCUACACCGUACCCCAUCGCCAACGGAGCUACCAUAGUAACAACCAACCCCUAUCAAGCCCCGCCCUUCACUGAAACCCUGGACCCUCAGAAACUUACACAGCAGAGACCCAUGGCUCCUGCCUUCUAGGGACAGACAGACAGAGGUGUGAGUUAAACGUUGCUGCAUACGACGCGGGCACGGACAACUUCAUGCCUCGCUGAUUAGUGGCUUUCCAUUCUGUCCUGGGAUUGGUGGGAUUUGGUCAUGUGAUGAUGUAUGAUCUAUUUUCACAAUGGCAACUGCUGGCUCAGCUUAGUUAGUUGUAACUCUCUGUGUCAAGAAUAGUGUCUUCUUCUGUUCAUGCACACACUCACACACACAGAUGUCGAUGCACGCAAACACAGCUGUACUCACUCCCACCUGGAUAUAUACAUGUACACCUGAAAACACAAACACACACACCCUGACUGCAUGUUCUUACGGUGAGGUGCAGAUUAACUUAGAUGUAGAUCAGUGAAGAUGCUCCAUCUGACUUACAGAGGGAAACAAGGUCUUUAGUCAAGGAAAUAUGGAGGACAGAAUAGCUGUGUAUGUCUGUUUAUCUGCUUCUGUUUGCCCUCACAGCCAGUCCGACCAAUCAUAAGCUGCCCUGCAGGAAUGUGACGUCCAAUUGGCUAAAAUUGAGACAGACAGGCAGCGUGAGCAAUAGAUUGCGAGGAAACAAGUGAAUGGUGGCAGAGAUGGGUACAUUUUCUUGGCAAGAAAAUAAAGGCAGGACAGCUUAAUGCACUCUGAAUGCUAUAGUGUUUCAGUGUGAAAUAUUCAUGUGAUUAAAUAUUUUAUUGUUAUAUGCUGAAGUGGUUAAAUGAAAUAUGAAAAAUAAAAUCUA